UCUCCCCGAAUGUUGUUAUAUUACCAUAUUGCUUGCGCCUAUCCCGUUUUUAGAGAUCUGCAAACGCCAAGAGGUUAGGACCUUGGAAGUGGCGAAAAAUAGUUUUCAGACCGGUCCAAAGAAGCACAACUCCCACCGGAGGAUGCUGUGUCCUGACAUUCCGUCGUCGCGUACAUCAUUCAUCAGAGGCACUUUGGGUGCAGCCAUGCCGGCGCACCUUGCACAUUUCGAUGACGAUUGGCACGAUUUUAAGGAAUUUGAGCCGGUCUCAGUGCAGGGGACUCGGAUGGACCGAGUAAACUUGGUUGUCGAGCAGGUGACAGGCGUUCUGAGGGUCCUUCCAGAGCUCAACAACAGCUUUUCGUGGCGAAUAAGCAGCUUCAAGUCCACGGAAGAUCUGGUGAACGAUUUAGACGAGAAAUUGACAGUGUUUCCGAUAUUUCAACACCCAAACGGAGAACAUUGCCCCGUAAACAUUAUCACCGAGGAUACAACAUUGAGGAACGACGAGAUCUGGAAUGCUCUCGCAGAUAAUUAUGGUCAUGUCAUGGCAGUGGAUCGGAAACAGUCUCGAACGCGCUCCCUCCAUCUCCCCACUCUAAACCUCAAAGACAAACCAAGGGUGGAUGAUGUAACACAGGAGCUGUCUGACGAUGAGCUGAGGGAACAGAUGGACAUGCACACCAUCAUCGUCUCCUGCCUCAAUGACGAACCCCUCUUCACCACAGAACAGGUUAUUGAAGAGAUAGAGGAGAUGAUGCAGGACUCUCCUGACCUGGGGGCAGAGCAGAACCACCCCUUUCAGUCAGACCUCUCCACGCUCUCUCUGGACAUCCAGCGCCCCAGAACAAACCACAGCUAUGAAGAGCGAGAGAGGACCCUGUGUGUAGCAGAGCUGAAUGAGCGGCUAGAGGAGGUGGAGAUGGCCAUCAGACAUUACAGUGAGGAGCUGAUUCAACACCUGGCCCUCAGGGACGAGCUGGACUUUGAAAAAGAGUAUCUGACAACAGUCAUUCCAUAUGAGAAGAAAGGAGGUCCACCAUCGGUGGAAGAUCUUCAGAUCCUUACCCAAAUCCUGCACGCUAUGAGAGACGACAGUGACAAGGUGCCCAGGCUUCUGACAGACUACAUUCUCAAAGUGCUUUGCCCAACAGAGACUGGAAGGACAAUAACGGACAUUUUGGAAACGAGGUGAGGGAUCUGGUUUCAGUGUCAACAAGCAAAAUGAAGAGGACUCAGUCAGUGUAUAAAAAAUUAAAACAUAAGCACACUUAAUUUAUUCUUUAUGAUGCAUGGUAUUUUACCUCAAGUUGCUCCUUUUUGUGUAACAGCCAUAGAUGUUGUAUACCUCGAUCAGUUUUUAAUUUUCUCUGUGUUGAGCAUAGUGAUUUCCCAAACCUUGUGUAUUUGACAACUUCAAGUAUUGUUUUAUUGUUUUUACUUUAAGUGCAGUGUAAAAUACAGUACUCAAAGUCAUUAGAAAGAUACUCAUACAUUCUAGUGUAGCAUCUACUGUAUGUGGCUGAUUUCAACAGCCUUUUGGACGAUAGGGGGCCUUACUUUUUUGGCCCUGAAGUAAGAUCGAAGCUACUCAUAUCCAAAGGGUUGUGAUUUCAUUUGAUUAACCUAAUCUGAAGGUCUCAGAAACGACUGAGCACUUGUAAUAUCAGGGAUAUGAAACAUUUUAGGUUUGUUUAAAAGUGCUUAAAUACAUUUCAUUAAUAAAAUAAACCUUGAACUAACAUGGCCUCCCUAAAAGCACUGCACAUAUAUUUUUUUAGUCAUAGCUAAAUACUGUAGUAGUACCAUUGUUGUCAUACUUAGAAGGAAUUGCAAAGGUAAUGUGAACAGAACUGUAAUUAAUUACAGAGCACUGAUGUGACUACUAGCUAUGCAUUUGAGUAAAUAAUGACUCACUGAAGCCCUGAAUCAGAGGCACCAUGCAGCCCAGACCUGGCCAGUCUAUGAAGGCUGUGCACACAAGCUGGGCGUUAUUAUAUUUCUAUACACAAGAAAUGAAGAUGCCUUUUUAUUUGCACAUUUGUAAAUGACUUAUUUUUAACCAAAUGUUAUUAUACUGAGCUACUUAUCUGCUAAAAGUAUAAAGUCAAAUGUAAACCCAA